AUGGCAAAGGCCACAUCCAACCCAAAUAAGAGAAAAGACCAUUCACGGCAAGAUGUGAUAUCCAAGAAUAGCCUGGGGAGGCCCCCCCCUGGUCCGAGUACGCGAGAAACGAAGCGCACGAAGAUUCAUGAUAUCAGAAGCAUUGCUUCUCAACAAUCUCACGCAGCCUUGAAAGAUGGUGAACUGAACGUUCAGUCAUUCAUAAGCUCUCUCUCCUUCGAGAUGAGUGCUUUGGACGAGAGCAUGAGACGCACUCGGACCUCUCAAACCAGUCGAGCAUUUCAGCGCGUACCCUUCAAAAUGAGACGCAGGGCUGCAGCGCAUAACUAUAAGAAAGUCCCAAAACGUCUGCAAAGGAGGGCUAGGAGAGAAAUGGCCGAGGACAACACUCCAGCAGUAAGCUCCAAGACAAGAAAGCCAAAAACUACCAGGGCUAGGUUACGAACUGAGACGGCCCGCAAAUUGGAAAUCCUUAUAAAGCGAAAGAGGUUGCAGAAACUGAGGAGCUCAGGUGCCGAUGAAGAAACCAUCUCCAUUCGAGCAGCUAGACUCAAAAUACGAAGGAAUACACUCAACAGUCCCAUUAUCUCCACUAGAAAAUUCAGAAAGCGACAGAUUUCGAAAACAUGGCUCCCUACUCACUUGUGGCAUGCAAAGAGAGCGAGGAUGACACAUCCUGCACAACCAUUAUGGAGAUUCGCAAUCCCUCUCACUCCCACGCAGAAAAUAUACCGGCCUACCCACCGAAUUCAAUGGGAAAAGGGCGCUAUGGCUUGGGACAUGAGCUACAUGAGCACUAUCGGCCUAUACGGACCCCAGAACAGUGUUCAAAAUGUACUCAAGUCAUUGGGGCUUACACAGGAAGCUAUGUGGAGUGAUAGAGCAAGACGUUGGAGAUCAGGUAGUAUGCACUGGACUGGGGACUUGAGCAAGAAAGGCAAAGACAACUUGCGUUUUAUCGGUCCAGCCACUAUUAUCUGGAAUCCAGAAAAGGAAGCCGGCCAUGCAAAUUUUACAGACCAGCGGGGACCGUUCAGGCAACUUUAUAUCCGUAUCCACCCCUCUACGUUCUUAGAGGUCUUCAACGAGGUGUCACGGCUCGCAAAAAUGCAGCACCCUCGGCCUUAUGUUGAAGAUCUGAGGUUCGAGCUUGGGAGCAUUGAUAUCACUGGCCCCGACUCGACAGAAGCUCUACUUGGAAUUCUUAAGCCUUACUUUAUGCGGCCCGAGUCUAAAGAACGUGACGCUUCGAUGUUUGAAUCACUCGCUGGCCUAAAAGACCCAGGCGCUUUGCCUAUUGGGUCUCUAUUUGCCUUUUCGAUCGCAGACCCUCGUCUCCACUAUCCUCCACGCCGUGCAAUUAUUCCGAAUACAACAAAUCCGGAUGCCCAAGUUGCGCUUCUAAAUGCCAUAUCAGCACUUCAGAAACAAGAUGCUGUGAAGCCGCAUAAGUUGUUCGACAGAGAUUUGCGAUUCAAAGCCUCUCAACUUCCGUCGCAGCGGUCUCUCAAUCGUCGUCGUGGCAAAGGUGUACCAGGAGCCAUCCUCCAACCAACCUUAGCUGACCCCCCUAUUCCUAUAUUGUUGCUCGCUUCCCGCCACUCCUUAGGGCUACAAUCGUCCGGCACGUGGACAUUGAUUCUACCCUGGAAAUGUGUGCUUGCGGUAUGGUAUGGCCUAAUGCAUUAUCCAUUGUCAACAGGCGGCAAUCCUUGGUUCGGUGGCGUGGACGAAGUCAGACAUCUCACAUUCGAGCGAGGUCUUCCAUGGUUUCCGGGUGACUUCCCGGGUGCAGAGGCUGGCAAAUCUUGGGAAUUAGAAGAACGAGGAGUGAGGCAGAAAGCCUGGGAACGUAUGCCGAAAGGGAAACGGGUCAAUUUGGAUUCGCUUGAUUUAGGAGCAGGACGAAAAGGCGAAAUUGGAAUAGGGUGGAAUUGCGACUACGAAUUACUUCUCGGCCUUGGCAAAGGGAACAAGUCUGACAUGACAUUGAUAGAUGGGAAGAAUGGAGGCGAUGAGUCAAAAGCAAGCCCAAUGGGCCAUUUAGAAAGCAUCACACAACUAUCGAAGUCUUCAUUCAGGGCCUAUAAUUUAUCGACGACUGGGUUGCCUCAUCUAGCUUCAUUGGUGACGGCGAAUAUCAAGAUGAUGGGGCGUGGGGUAGUAAGUACCUGUGCGAGGAUAUAUCGCUUACCAAAUGCAAACCCCAUUGCGGUCUCAACACAGGCCGAAGUACCAGCCACAGAGCCGUCUCUACCAUCGAGAUCAGCGGGCAAGUUACCUCCAAACCUAUGCGACCAGUGGCUAGCACAAAGGCCAACCAAAGCCAGCUCGUCUAAAAAGGUCCGCCCUAAACGAGACUUGGAUCUAGAGACCCGGCAACAAUUACUCGCCCAACAACUGAUUGGUCCGCCAGCUUUAUUUCCGCCACCUCAUCCCAAUUCAGACAAUAUCAACGGUCAUCCGUUAUGCCCUGACAAGGAAGAUCUGAUUGGUUUUGUAACUACGGGGAGCUUUAAUCUUAGAGAUGGACGAGGUGAUGCGAUCGGUAGUUUGUCGGCUACGAAGGCGCUAGAGGAGUUAAGACGAUAUAAGAACUCAGAAGAUCCCGCCAUUAGACUCUGCGUGGUUAGGAACGCAGGCCAGAAUGUUGGAUGGCUUGCGAGGUGGGAGCUGAUUUAG